GUUGCAAGUCCUGCAGCGGCUGUCAUAGAGGAGACGACGGCCGAAUGGUUGCUGGAACUGCUGGGUUUACCCCAUACAGCUGGUGUUGGAUUUACAUCAGGUGCGCAGGAAGCCAUUUAUACUGCGAUGAUCACGGCGAGGAACACUCUCCUGAAGAGGGCGGGCUGGGAUGUUGCCCAGAAGGGGCUUUACAACGCCCCGCGCGUGCAUGUUGUGGUAAGCGAUCAAAUUCAUUCUGCUAUCAAGCGCGCGUUGUGGAUGAUUGGCAUGGGCGAGGAGAAUGUCAAAAAGCUGCCGACCGAUAG